AUGGGGGGCCUGGUGUGUCCUGUGGACGACCAGGCCCAGGGGCUGGUGCGGGGGGGAAGUUGGGAGAAACGGACUGGACAGUGGGCUUCCGCAGCCUAUAAAGAGGGUGGUUCGGACGGGACCCCAGCCACUGCCGAGGGCUCUGGACAUGCUUGGACUGCAGACGCCCAGAAAGAACCCUCCGUGUCGCGGUGGCGGGGACCAAGGCACAGUGCCCGCCAUCCCGCAGCAGGGCCAUGGGACAUGCUCACCGGCGGCCCCGGGUCACAGCUCCAUCUGGCGCCGCUGCUCCGACCUACCCUCAGAGACAAGAAGGCCAGGGGUUCGUUUUGGUUGGCUUCUUCAUUUUCUUUCUUGCAGUGUAGCGUAACAUUCCUAGUUAACCAGCGCUUUGAAAUCUACUGCCUGCUGGCCAGGUUUUAA